CUGCCAGUCUUUUGGAACAUGGCGGAUUAUUAAGACGUGAAGCGAAUUUAGUAAGCGUUGCUACUUUCAUUUAAGAUAAAGAAAUAAAUGUGGAAUAGCUGAUACGCGAAUUUCCUUAACAUGUACACCUAGUUAAUUGUAACAUUUGCUAAAUAUAACAAAUUAAUUCAAAGACUUUCCGUAAUAAUUAUAAAUAUCGAAAUUAUCGUAAAAGGCCAAUUAUGGUUGUCUCGUGUUAAAUGACGCUUCGUACACGAAAGCAAUGCUUCUUUGUACUGUGUAGAAUUAAACGCCGUUAGUUCGGGGAAAAUAUAAACAAAAAUAAUUCUUAAGGCAGUGCAUAACUGGUUGCAUUAUCGAAAGAAGUAAUAGUACAAAUAAAUUUGUGUUGCGGUUAUUAUAUGCACAUAAAUUUGUGUUGCGGUUAUUAUAUGCAUAUGUAUAUAGUAACUAUAUAACUGUAUAAAAAAUGUGUUUGUAUAUAAGCAGUAUAUGCAGCAGCACCCCACUAACCAGCGUACUAUGUCUACGAAAUGGAGUCAAAUUCAACUUUAUGUUGAUAAUAUUUUUGAACCUUUUGCUGAAUUCACGCAGUCAAUUGCUCAUCAACGUACAAAAUCAAGGUGGUGAGGUCAUACAAGAGAGCAUCACCUCCAAUGUCAGCGAAGACAUAAUUACUUUAGAGUUUCAAAAAACAGACGGCACGCUUAUCACACAAGUCAUUGAUUUUCGAAAUGAGGUGAAAAUCGUGAAAGCACUCGUGCUGGGCGAGGAAGAACGUGGCCAAAGUCAAUAUCAAGUCAUGUGCUUUGUGACGAAAUUUAAUAAAGGUGAUUUCAUUUCGUCUGAUGCUAUGGCUAAGUUACGUCAAAAAAAUCCCAGCACGAUACGUACCCCCGAAGAGGAUAAGGGACGAGAAACAUUUACGAUGACAUCGUGGGUGCAUCUUAAUCGUUCGUUACCAAUAACACGCCACCUGCAAACGCUAUGCGCGGAGGCGGCAGAUGCGACAUAUGUGCGUAGUGUCGAUUUGAAGGCGUGGUCUGAAUUGCCAGGCUCCUCCAUAUCCAGUCUCGAAGCGGCAACUGAGAAAUUUCCCGAUACACUUUUCUCACGCUGCAAUGAGGUUAGCGGUCUGUGGGCACCCUGUCUUUGUACGCUCGAAACCUGCAUUGGCUGGUAUCCAUGCGGUUUGAAAUAUUGCAAAGCAAAGAAUGGCGGCGGCGACUCGUCGGCUGCACAAUCCAACUAUCGUUGCGGCAUUAAGACGUGCCGCAAGUGCAGUCAAUUUACCUAUUACGUGCGACAGAAGCAACAAUGUCUAUGGGAUGAAUGACGAGGGCUGCAUAUGGGCUUUGGCAGUUACUGUAAUCAUAAAACUUGUACAGUGAAUCAGUGGCCAACGACACCAACGCAAACAGCGGCAGUAACAACCUCAACAACAACAACAACAACCACAGCCAAAACAACAGCAGCAACAACGGCAGUAGUAGCAGCCGCAGCAGCUGCCGCGGCGGCUGCGACGAUGAGCAAUCGUUUUCCGUCGCUGUCCGUGUCGCCACAACGACACUGGUAUGCUAAUAAGAAUAUAUAUUGUGGCAGCAAUAAACACUGCGUUUCGUACAACAACAAUCGCGACUUUGCCACCGCGGUGGCAGUCAAUCAAGAACAAAUGUUUCUGCUGCAAUUGCCAUUGCUCUUCGUAGUAUCGUCUUCAUCGGAUGCCGCAGGAGCAGCGACGCCAGUAAACUAUUGAAGCUGUUUUCGAAAACAAGUAAACAUUUUCUUUUCCUUACAUUUAAAUAUAUUUGAUUAAGUUGCGUAGCAUAGUGUAAAUACGUACAUAUAUACAUACCUAUACAUAAGUAGUUAUCUAUAUAAGCAAUUUUUAGUACAUAUAUACGAUAAGCAUCAAUUGAUUACUUAUUAUAUUAUAUUAUGCGACAAAUGUAUCCUUUAAAAUUCAUAUUUUCUCAAAAUUUACGCGUAUUCCUUGAAACGUCUUCUUGUUUAAAUCUACAACUGCAUUUCUUUGAAAAAAAAAAAAAAAAACCUAUUCAAGACUGUUAAUGUGUUAGUGUUAGUGUUAUAGUAUAUGAUAUUAAGUGGUAUUUCAUUUGCGUCGGGUAUGCUGAAUAUCGCAACGUUCGAGUAUUUUCUUCGCACACAAGUUGAAAAUUAUUUUGCGCAUUUCUUUCAUCGUCAUUUAUAAUAACUUUCCUUUAUUUUAUUUAACAUUAGAACUUUCGUUUUUUAUUUCUUUUUCAAAUUAAAAAAAAUAUUCAAACAAACUGGCAGCACUUGCGUUGCAAAAUUGCGCCAACAUGUCGUCUCACGCAUGCGCAAUUGUAAUGCAGAAAAUUCUCAAUCUCCUUGCUCUCUAGCAAAAUGAUAUACAUAUUGAAAGUUAAAAGAACAUUUCAUUUAGCGAAAAAAAAAUGUUUUUUUUUUCUGUUUAGCCUAAGGGUAAAAUUUGUAGAUUAUAAAAAAAAUAAAGUUUUUUUUAACAUCUUGGGGCGGCUCACUUUUAAAGUCAAUUUCGAGUUAAAAUUUUUUUUGUACAAAAUUUUUUGUAUAAAAAACUUUAUUUUCACAACUCUUCACAUUUAUAUAAAAAUUAAGGAAAGCUUGUUGUCGUUUAAGACUUUUUUUAAAACUUCAAUAAUGACCACAAAAAAUUUUGUUAAGUUGAUAACUUUUAAUUGGCCAGAAAAAGCACUCUCCACAGCUUCUAGAACACUUAUUAAAUUUUUUUUUCACAAAAAUCAGGCUAAGCAAAAAAAAUUGUUUUUUCGUUCCACCCUAAUUUAAAUAUGUAUUUGUUGGUCGUUAAAUGUGUGAACGCGUCGCGGCGAUGUUCGUUUACUGUCUGACUGCUGACUGCAGGACGGUCAUCGAUUCACGCUGUAUAUGCACAACAGGGUCAUUCAUUUACAAUAUAAUGUCGCUAUAUAUUUAGCUCCUUUAUGACAUGAGCGUUUGUUUGCUAUGAUGGUACAUUCUUGGUUAUAUUUAUGCCAUGGUUUGCACUUGAAAUUUUGAAAAAUUUCUUUAUGUAUUAAAAGUGGAAAAAUGUCGCAACCACAAGUCUGACGUAAACGAUACAUAAUUAUCCGAUAUAUGUACACUGGACGCAAUUGUGAUAAGGAAUACUGAACAAAUGGUUUUAUUUUGAUAUAAAAUAAUCAAUGUUAAAUAUUUUUUAACGUUUCGUUCAUUACCGGAUGUAAAAAAAAAUAUUAUUGACGGCCCGCCUCUUGGCAUCCGCUGUUCGAGAUAUGGUAUACAUUCAGUGACAUCAGUACCAAUAGGCUCGUCGCUGUCAGCAUUUUCAUAUGUAGUUGCAGAUCUUUGCUUCUUCUUCAAAUUAACUUUGUGUUGUUUUUUAUUAAGUUCAUCUGUAACUAUCGUACUAGUGUGCUUUUGACCCAUGCGCGCCUAUGUGUCGUGUACAUAUCUGACAAUUACUCCAUUCAGUACUGUUGUUGAGAGAUCACAAACUAACAGCUUUCUUGCUCGUAAACCUCCACCGACAUUGAACAAUGCUCCAAUUAAGUUUGAGAAAAAAUAUAGUGCUGGAUUUGUUGUGGCAGAGUAAGCAGACUUCUUCACUAUGAAUAUGUCCACUUGGUUAUAUAUAUAUACGAGUAGUUUUUGUCGAACUCGCAUCCUUUGAGAACAUUGUGGCAGCUUCGUCUUCCAUGGUAUCAGUAAAAAUCCACUUUAAUAGAGAUCCUGGAUUGGUGAAUCCAAACGCACAAUCUCUAAAACGGAAGGAUACAGUGCCCAAACAUUUUACCUGAGCAAACUGUUGAGUCCAUGACUCAAGAUGUUUGUAGCAAUCACCAGAUUGACAUAUUGAAGACGAUUAAAAAUGUGAAAGCGAAAAUUGAAGUGUAAAAUGAAAUAUUUACUUCGAAAUUGUUUUGCCUCUACUUCAAAUUGUUUCAAGCCAUAGUUUUCUUU